UCUACUUAACCUUACUUUAGUUUCUGUCAGUCAGUUUUGAAUUUGAAUACGAAUUUUAAAUUAUAAUAUCUUGCCAUACAACCAUAAAGCUGAAGUUAAAUUAUAAUAUCUAAAAUUAGAUUUUAAUAUAGAUACUUACAAAACUUAUCAGCAUAAUGAUACAUAUGAAAGUAUUUAGAAGUUUCCAUCGUCAAAAGGCACUAUUCAGUAUUCGAAGAUUUUCCGACGAUCAAAACCCAUUUAGAAAGACAUGGAGCGUUAUAUCUAAAGAAAUACCUGUAUUAUUCGGCUUAAAUAAAAAGCCUACGAUAUAUCCAGAGCAUGCCGAUGUUGUGGUGAUAGGCGGCGGCUUCAUAGGUUCAGCAGUAGCAUACUGGUUGAAACAAAGAACCGGUGAAGGCUUGUCUGUUGUUGUAUUCGAAAAAGACCCUAGCUACAACAAUAUCCAAAGUAAUGUGUCUUUAGGAACAAUCACCCAGCACUACUCACUGCCAGAGAAUAUGUAUCUAGCUCAGUAUGGGGCUGAGUUUUUAAGAAAUGCUAAACAAAAUUUGGGAAAUAAUGUUGACAUUAAAUACUGUCCUCAUGGACACUUAGUAUUAGCCAGUGAAAAAUAUGCUGGACAGUUGGAGGAAAAUGUAAACAUACAAAAGGAAUAUGGAGUUAAAAGCCAGCUUUUGACUGUCGCUGACAUCAAAAAGAGAUAUCCAUGGAUUAAUACACAAGAUGUUAAGUUAGGAUGUAUAAGUACAGAAUCAGAAGGCACUUUUGAUGCAUGGGUAUUUCUACAAGGGCUGAUAAACAAAUCACAAGAAUUGGGAGCAAAUUAUGUUAAAGCAGAGGUAAUUGGGUUUGAAUUAGAACAACAGCGUGACGUUCUUAUGGAGGGUAUUGCUCCUGGGUCAUUCAAGAAGAUCAAUAGAGUGAUAUACAGAUCACCUGACAAUGAGGAACAUGCUGUAAAGUUUGCUGCUUGUAUAUUGGCUGCAGGGCCUGAAUCAGGAGAAAUUGCAAAGUUUGCUAAAAUUGGCACUGGUGGAGGAUUAUUGAAAAUACCUCUUCCAAUAAAAGCAAGAGAAAACAAAGUAUACUCAUUUGAGAACUGUGUUAAAACUGCAGGACUAAAUACACCUCUGUUAACUGACACCAGUGGGCUGUGGCUUAGAAGAAAUGGCCUGGACAGUAAUCUAUUAUGUGGACAUGUUCCUCUGCUCACUAGUGAUGUCAAAGAUCAUAUGGGAGAAGAGUUCUUAAAUAAAAUUAUUUUACCAUCUCUAAUAAACAGAAUACCAGACUGUAAAGAUGUUAAGGUAAAAGAGUUCACUAAAGAGGUAUUUGAUUACAAUACCUAUGAUGAUUCUGGUAUAUUAGGCCCACAUCCAUACCACAACAAUUUGUUUAUUGCCACUGGUUUUGGUAAACAAGGAUGUUCUCAUGCGCCUGGUCUUGGGAGAGCCAUUGCAGAGUUAAUUAUUGAUAGUCAUUUCAAUAGCAUAGAUUUAACUAGGCUUACAUUUGAUAGGUUACUUACUGAUCAACCAAUGAUAGAAUUUAAUAUUUAUUAAAGUUUUUAGAACUCAA